UCAUUUGCUUGCUGUGGACUUGCGUGAGACGCCACCAGUCCACCACCGUUCUUCUCUUCUCUUCCGUCUGCGGUCUCUCUCAGCCUCUCACCUUUCGUCUCUGCCGGACUUCUCGUCGCUCUCUGCCUCCCGUCGCCGUCUGCCCUCAGCCUCUUCAGCGCCACCGCCCACCACUCCGUUGCCUCGCAAAGUCGCAACUGCCAGCCGCCAGGAGUAUAGUAUCUUCAUCGUAUUCCAUGUCAAAAUCCUCGCAACAAGAAACAUGUAUUAUCUUGUCUCGUCAGGGCGUCGUGUUAUUUCUCAGAUUGCCGUUGCAAACUAUUUUAAGUGUUUUUCUACUUUGUCUUCUCUUUCCUCCUUGGAUUCUUCCCAGUUUGGGGGUUCCUUUGGGGAAGAAAAUGUUGGGUUGAGAGCAAAUUCUGAUAUUGCCAUUUUACUUGCUAGAAUUUCUCCUGGGAGCAGUGAGGAUGAAGUUUUCCAGUCUCUUUUAUCUGAUCCAGCUUGUGAUUCUAUGCAGCUUAAUCACAACCUUGUUGGCAGGUUGCUUCAUUGUUUUAAAGAUGAUUGGAAGUUGGCACUGGGUGCUUUUAGAUGGGCAGAAUCACGCCCGGGCUAUAAGCCUUUACCUGAAUUCUAUGAUAAAUUGGUGGACAUACUAGGGAAAAUGAAGAAGAUGGAUAAGAUGUGUGCAUUGGUAGAGGAAAUGCGUGAAAACCAUAUUAUCACUCUCAGUACUAUAGGAAAAGUUAUGAGAAGGUUUGCAGGUGCAGGAGAUUGGAAAGGAGCAGUGAGAAUAUUUGAUGAGUUAGGAGACUAUGGUUUUGUAAAGAACACCGAAUCCAUGAAUUUGUUACUUGACACUCUUUGCAAAGAAAAUAGAGUUCAACAGGCACGGGAAAUCUUCUUGGAGCUUAAGUCACAUAUUCCUCCAAAUGCAAACACAUUUAACAUUUUCAUUCAUGGCUGGUGCAAAGCUAACAGUGUAGAUGAAGCACAUUGGACGAUUCAGGAGAUGAGAGGACAUGGAUUUCGCCCUUGUGUUAUCAGCUACUCAACUAUCAUCCAAUCCCAUUGUAAUCAAUCUGACUUCAACAAAGUUUAUGAGCUUCUUGAUGAAAUGCAAGCUCAGGGGUGCCAGCCAAAUGUUGUAACCUUCACCACUAUUAUGUGUUCAUUGGCAAAGUCUGAGAAGUUUGAGGAAGCGCUGCAGAUUUAUGAUAAGAUGAAAUUGGUUGGUUGUAAACCUGAUACAGUUUUCUAUAAUGCCCUGAUUCAUACAUUAGGCAGGGUUCACCAACUAAAAGAGGCUGAAUAUGUAUUCAAAGUUGGAAUGGAGAUAAAUGGCGUCAAACCAAACACUUCAAGUUACAAUUCCAUGAUUGCAAUGUUUUGCCAUCACAGACAAGAACAAGCAGCUUUAGAAUAUCUGUCAGAAAUGGAAAAUUCACCAUAUUGUAAACCUGAUGUCCAGUCAUACAGUCCUCUGCUGAAGUUGUGCUUUAGAGAUGGGAAGACUGAUAAUUUAUUGCCUAAGUUAUUGGAUAGUAUGGUUAAUAAGCAUCAUUUAAGUCUAGAUCUAGCAACAUACUCACUUUUGAUCCAUGGAUUAUGCAGAUCAAAUAAAUGUGAAUGGGCUUAUAAAAUUUGUGAGGAGAUGAUAGCUAAAGAGAUUAUACCUAGAUAUAAAACCUACAGUCUUCUUUUGGAGGAAAUCAAACAGAAGAAUAUGUUUGAUGCUGCCAAGAGGAUUGAAGAAUUAAUGAAGAAAAUGAAAUCCUCUUGAACAAGUCGGUAUUUCUAGGGAGACUACCUCACCACACACAUAAAUGAAUGGGUUGGUCUUCUUCAGCUGUGUAACUCCCUUUAUUGGAAGGUACUAAAGGGAAUUAUUGGCCUUUAUAGGCCAUAUUUACAAGGACGAAGAAUUUGUGUGUCACAUGUAGUGUGUCAUAUCACUAUUGACAGGAUGAAGUUUCCACUUCACUGGCUUGUUCUGUGGAUUUCGAUUUUGGCACUUCUUUUGUUAUAUUUCGUGGGAACCAGAGCAGAGUUGUGGUGCAGCGUAAUAUUAAAGAUCAUGUUAUUGGGCACAGUAAUUGCAUGGGCUUCCACAAAGGAAGUCUAACAGAUUUAGCAGAUGAAUGGGUAUUUGGAAAUUUGAUUGCAGCUUAGAGGGCCCAAACUCGAAAUUGGAAGAAGGGAUUGCCGGAAGAGCAGAGUAGAUAUUCUUGAGCAUUUCGUCUCAGACCACAAUGAAAUCAUGUGUUGUUCUUGAGAGGUUUUCCAGCACUGGGAUUAACACCCCUGGAAUUGUUGCCUUGGAGCUGAUCCACAGAUUAUACCUGAUCAUAUUUCACACAUGCUCAAGAAAUGCCCAGAUUCACUCCCUGAACCUACAGGCUGAGCAGAAGUUUUUCAAAUGUCUAUUGCUUCGCUCAUAAAGACCGAACUGAUUUUAUUUUCUUUGAUUUACGGGGAGAAGUUCGUAGUCACUAUCCGAAAGUCUUUCCCUGAAUAAGAAGUAGUUGGUACAUAAAAUUAAUUGUUAUCAACUACAGUAAAUACGUAGCAUUGAAUAUUCGAGGACUGAAUCAAAAGUAUGUAAAUGUUAAAGCUUUUGGGCAAAAAAAAUUAAAGUUCACUA